AUGAGAAGUAAAAAUAUGAAUCUGAAUAUUACAAUAAAAGCUAGUUCUCCUAGCUCAAAUAGCGAAAAAAAAAAAAACCUGAAAAAAAAAAAUGAUAGUGCAAGCGUAUCAUUUAAAUCAAAAUCAAAAAAAGAGAAUUCAGACAAAACAAAAAUAAAAAAUAUAAUUAAAAAAGAAAAUUUUUUAAAUAAGAAAUUAAGCAGAAGUACCUCUUUUUCAUCUUAUGAAAAAAGAAAAAACAUAAAGUUAUUUGGCAAUUUCUUUAAUAAGAAAAAAAUAACUUUAAAAAAAAGUUUCCCAGAAAAAGAUAGCUAUAGCAAAAUUUAUCCAAAAAAGCAAGUCUCAAAUAAAUCUAGUAUUUUGAAUGAAUUUUCUUCGAAAAGUAAAUUAAAUAUUAAGAGCCCCAAAAAUUCAGAAAAAAAAUAUUCAGGAAAUAUUUUUGUAACUAAAUUAAUAAAACCAAGCACAAAAUUAGUUGAUACAAAUGAUAAAAAAAAAAAAUUUUCAAGUAAUCACCAAAAAAAUACUCAAAAAAAAAGUAAACACAUUUCAUCAGAUUUAAAUAUAAUUUUAAAUAAAAAAAAUUUCAAAUUAGGAAAAGAAUUUACACAAUCAGAAAAACCACUAAAAAAGAAAAAAAACAAAAUAAUAAAAAAUUUUAUUGAGUUGAAAAAUCUUAACAUAAUGGAAGAUAAAGAAAACCAAGUAGAUAACUCAUACAGCGGAAGCGAAAAAAAAGAAGUAGAUGAACAAAUAGAAUUACAGGAAGAUAAGGAUAUAAGCAUAAAAAAUGAUCACGAAACAAAUAUGACAGAAGAUAAAGAAGCAAAUGUUGAAACGAAUAAAAAUAUUAGCAUGGAAGGAGAUGAAGAAGAUAAAGAAGAAAAAGAAAAACUAAUUCAAGAUAUAUCUUCAAAGAAAUAUGCAAUAAACUCACGUGAUUCAAGCAUAGAUAAAUCAGAAAAUUUAGAACAUUAUUUUUCAGAAGGAACUUAUGAGUCUUCUAAUGAUAUUUUUAAUGGGAACUAUCAAAAAGUUACGAAUACUUUAUUACCUGGGUAUACAAUUGCAGCUUGUGAAGGGAUAUAUCAGGCAAAUAAAGAGGAUACAACUUCAGGUAUUCAAAACUCAAAGAUAGAUGGAACAUAUAUAUAUAAAAGUUAUUUUCCUCCAUACGAAUAUAUUCCUCACUUAAAUAAAAAUCCUGUAAAAAAAGCAUAUUAUUUAAGGAAACAUGAAGUGUUAAAUAAUUAUUUAUAUACAUCGGCUGAUUUAACACAUGGUACUAUACAUGAGCAAAGUAACAUGGUUGUCGCAUAUCCAUAUGGCGUUCCAGUUAUUGAUAUUAACAAAAAAUAA